AUGGAUAUGGAAACACUAACGUGGUGCGCGAUAAUGUCCAGUUGUGGUAGCUUAACAUUGGUUAUCAUAUUCAACGGUAUUCUACUCUGUUUACUAGAACAUGGACAUGCCACCACCGAGAUUGCACUGUGUGAAGAAAAAUUUGCAGCUUCACUAAAAGUUGCCAAAUUUGCGGCUCUUCCGAUAGUAGGUGUUGUAGCAUUGUCACAAAUAUGUGGCCUCUCUAUCGAACAGAUUGUUGGCGAAUAUGAUAAAGACUCGAUGGAACGCCGAGCAAUUAUCUAUGCAGUUUUUGAACAAGAUCGCGUCACGAAACAGUUUAUUGACACUUGCCCGAGAUUUUUGCAGAAUGGUUAUGAAGAAGAAUAUUUACUGUUUACUGACAAAUUAUAA